AUGGUGCUGACAGGCAUACCCCUGAGGACGGCAUUAAAGGGCAAUAAUAAUAUAUUAAUCGGUGGAAUCUUGCGAAGGAGUCUUUGGACAAAGUCUUCAGUCCUUACUUCUACGAAUGAAAGUGGUAAAAAAGCGGGCGGAAUCAGAGAUGUACUCGGCAUAAAUGAUUCCAACAGUGCACCUGAUGCAACGGGAUUCUCUAGCCCAGGAAAACAGUCGGCUCCAUCGAUAGUUUCAGAUAUUCUUCGAUUUGACAAGAAAAAGAAGAAAGCUCAAAAACCUCAGCAACAAAAUCAGCAAAAUCAGAGGCAACAGUCAACUGGACCGAGACAGUUUGCCUCGAGCUCAACAUCACCCUCCGUGGACACUGACUUGAUUCUCGGUAGAAGUCUUUCUAGGCCUAUUGGAGAUCAUCCAGUGAGAUGUACAGUUUUUGAUCCUCAUGGAAAUGUUUCAGUAGUAUCGGGCGAAUUUAGAAGAUCCGAGCUGCUCUUGAAGCACGGAUUACUCCCUCGUGAUCUCCGCAAGCUAGAUACUGGCAUAAGCAGUAUUGUGCCAUCUAUUUUGGUUCGUCAAAACUCUAUCCUUGUGAACCUUCUUCAUAUUCGAGCCCUAGUCAAGGCAGAUAUGGUAUUAUUAUUUGAUGCAUACGGGUCGACUGAUUCCAAAACUCAAAGCAUUUUCAUGUAUGAUCUAGAACACAAACUCCGGCACGGAAGCAAGACUAUGGGUGGAUUACCAUACGAGUUGAGGGCACUUGAAGCCAUAUUUAUUAGCGUUGUCAGCGCUUUGGACGCUGAAAUGCAGGUGCAUACCAUGGUAGUCAACGGUAUAUUGGCCGAGCUUGAAGAUGACAUUGAUAGAGAAAAGCUUCGACAUUUGCUUAUACAAAGUAAGAAGCUGUCAUCGUUUUUUCAAAAAGCGACUCUAAUAAGAGACACUAUUGAUGAAUUACUUGAGCAGGACGAAGAUUUGGCAGGGUUAUACCUUACAGCCAAGAUGAAUGGCAACCCGAUAGCACAUGAUGAUGACCACUCAGAAGUCGAGAUGUUAUUGGAGUCGUAUUAUAAGCAUUGUGAUGAAAUUGUUCAGACAGUAGGCAGUCUAAUUUCUAAUAUCCGCAGUACAGAAGAAAUUAUCAACAUUAUUCUAGACUCGAACCGAAACUCGCUCAUGUUGCUAGAUCUGAAGUUCCAAAUAGGUACUCUAGGACUCGGAGGUGGUGCUUUCAUCGCUUCUCUCUAUGGUAUGAAUUUGCAAAACUUUAUAGAAGAAACCGAUUGGGGCUUCUGGUCAGUUAGUGGAGUUGUUGGCCUUUCGUCAGUAAUAAUCAUCCUCAUUUGCCUGAAACAUUUAAGAAAAGUACAACGGGUCACAAUGAUGAGUGAUCAGCCCAAAUUAAAAAUCCAUGGAAAGCAGGCUGUGAAGCAACAACAGCAGGCGAACUAUAAUUCCUCGAAUGGAUCACUCUGGUCCUGGCUCAAGAGAACCAAGUGA